UGAAGUUAAAGCAUCAGCGUUAUUUGCUUUGUGUUAAAAAAAUUAGUUAGAUACAUAAAUUAUAGUUACUUAACGCUUCUUUUAGCUGAUUAAAUAAAAGGAUAAAAAUAACAUAUCCCACCAAAAGUCGUUUUUUAGUUCAAUAAAAAGUUAAAAAAAAAUGAUUCCCAUUCGUGACUGUGUGUGAAUGCGCUCCCUGCUCUGAAAUUCCCCCUUUUUUUAAAAUAAUGUUUGUCAUAAAACGUUCGUUUUUUGAAAAACUUGACUGUAGAAUGCAUUUACCAUUUAUAAAAACUUCCUAAUCCAAAGAAAUAUAAAACUCGUCCAAGCAAUUUUGUUAAUUUUUUUUUUUCAAAUACUUGCUUCAAUGUAUGACCACAGCAAAAAGUAAAAAGCUUCCAAUAUUGCAACAGAAGCACCGAUGCCCGAAGUAUUGACAUUAUCAGGCAUGGCUGAAGCCGAGCCAGAUUUGUCAACCUUCGAAAAUAAAACUGGCCUGGCCGAGGAUAUGAAGUUCCUGGCAUCAAUGCCAGAGCUUUGUGACGUCACUUUUCUGGUCGGUGAUACCCGUGAGCCUGUUUGUGCUGUGAAGGCGGUUCUGGCAUCUCGUUCAAGGGUAUUUGCAAAAAUGCUCUAUUCGGCUCCUUCACCCCAAAGAAAACGAGAAACUUCUACAAAGGAAAAUAAGCUUCGAUUGUUUUUGAAACGAUCUUCGGAGCCAUUACUCAACUUGCAAAAUGCCAACCAACAGAGGAGUGUUUUCAGCCAACAACUGGCACCAAUCCCCGAGCCGUCAGGACAACAACAUCAAACACUGAUUAUCGAAGAAUUUGAACCGGAUGUAUUUCGUCAGUUGAUUGAAUACAUCCAUACUGGAUGUGUUACUCUGCAACCUAGAACAUUGUUGGGUGUAAUGAACGCAGCUGAUUAUUAUGGUCUGGAAGAGCUACGAAGAGCAUGUGCUGGAUUCGUUCAAUGUUGUAUUAAUGUUGAUACAGUUUGUGCACUCUUAGCUUCCGCUGAACGGUACAUUCAAUACAAAUGCACCAAAACGUUGGUACAAAAAGUGUUAGAAUUUGUUGACGAGCACGGUAAUGAGGUUUUGAAUUUGGGAAGCUUCACCCUUCUUCCUCAACAUGUUGUUCGUUUGAUAUUGGCACGUGACGAACUUCGAGCCGAUGAAUUUACCAAGUUCCAAGCAGCACUUAUGUGGAGCAAGAAGUAUUUUGAUAACAACCCCAAUGUUGACAUUAAAGAAAUACUCGGUAAUUUUCUGGAAUACAUUCAGUUCCAUAAGAUCCCCGCGAAUGUUCUUAUGCGGGAAAUUCAUCCACUGGGACUGGUACCAUAUUCGAUAAUAAUGAAUGCUUUAGCCUAUCAGGCAGACCCAGAAAGUGUCGAUCCCGGCAAAUUGUCUCCAAACUCUAGCCGAUCCUCACAUCGUUCAAAAACCCAUUUGCCAAAGAUUCGCAAGGCCAAAUCCCAGAGCUUCCGCACACGUCGUAGUCCAUCAGAGCGACGCAGCCCCAAUACUCUCCACGCCGGGACUUUGACUUUAAACACCAGCAUUAAAAGAAGUCCCAUUCUCCCACAACCAGAUUCCAAGAGUCCAAGUAGUGUGUCUCAAAAAACACCCACAACUUUAUCCAGACAAGGAACGUUACGUGCUUCACAUCGUCGAAAAAAUAGUAUGACUGGUUCCUUAGUACUUAACCAAGGCCGCCGAAGUCCAGUGGGCUAUGUCUCAAACGAUCGAAGUCCACAAGGGAGACGAAGCCCACUCCUCUUGUCAACUGACCGCUUGAAAAGUCCAAAUGAAUUGCAAACUAACAAUUUUGAUUCCCGCAGUCCUACUCGUAGUCCUACAACCGAUCGCAGAAGUCCCACUUUUAGCAUUCACACGCAAGAGAGGCGUAGUCCGCUUGGAGCGCCAGUAGAUAGCUACACAAGACGCAGCCCUACUUCUACUGUCCAUGUUCAAGAUAGCAUGAAGACUUUUGAUGACGCUUUGACUCCUGAAGACAUAACACGCUCUACAUUCGGUCUAACGUCGUCCAUCAAACGACCAUCUCUGGGCUUAUUUACACCUAUUUAUUUCGGAGAUAAAAGAAGCCCUAUCACUGCGAUGCAUAUUCCCCCCAUAACUGUCUCUAACCCAACCGAAACUUGCAAGCUUGUGCAACGAACGGCAGAAUCAAACGCGGCUGCUGCAGCAGAAGCAGCUCGGGAGCAUGAACGUCAAAGAGAUAAAGAUAUUGAGAAAGACAAGAACAAAGAAACAAGUGAUAAAAAGGAAAAAACAAGCGUGAUGAAGGAAAUUCUGGCAUUUGUGCGCAAGCCAUCAAAGCACAUCUCAACUCGAACACGGUUUGCGAAUGCAUUUACGAGGGCGGAGACGGGUUCUUCUAGUGGUCCACUUAUAAGACAGAGCACAUUCUCUGCCAGCCCUGCGGCUUCGAGUACUGCCGCAAAGAGCGCAGUUGUCAAACAAAUGUCUGAAGUUGGAUUUGAACCGAAAAUGUCUUUGAAGUUCGCACACUACACCAAAAUGUCGCUCAAACUACGUCGAUCUGCCGCCAACGACGAUAAAAAACCAGCAACAUCCAAGGAAACAGCAAGAAAAUCUAGUGGUGAUUCCGCAACAGACAACAGCGAAACAAAAUUAGAUCAGAAGGUAUGUAAAUCAGGGUCUCCCAGUCAAGCUGAGCCUUUUGAGCUGGCCAAUGUUUACUUUGAAAAGGUAGGUGAAUCGUAUAUUAGGCACGAACAAAUUAAAGAAGAGCCAUCAGCAAAUGAUGGUGUUAAUCAGCCCAUUAGUGAAAAAUUCAUGGAAGAGGUAGCAAAAUCAUUAAAAGUAGUCACUUUGUCAAAUGACGGUACCCAGACACCACGUCGUUCUGAAAGUAGAGAACCAAUGGAGCCUCGCAUUAGUGAAGAACAGGAAGACUCAAACGAUAUUAACAUGGAAGAAUUUAGGGUAGAAAUUGAGCAGCAUUUGAAAGUAUACACUGGUGAGCCUAUAUAUGUUAAUUUACAAGAACUCAAAAGAGAUUCUGAUGCAACUGCAGCAGCAGCUGAAAUAUCAGAAAAAUUAGGAAAAGGAACUGAGAAAAUUAAUGACGGGACCACAGAGGAAAGAAUUGAUGAUGACUCUCCUUUUCCAGGUCCUUUUCCACUUCAAUUGCCCACAAUUGAGUUCGAACCACCCUCAAGGCGAUCUUCUUUUGAUCCACCGAGGUCACCAUUCUUGGAAAAUCUACGAAGUCCAAGUGGUGAUACAGAUACAGAUCUCAUUCACUUGCAUAGACUUGACUCGGGUGGCGAUAGUUUUGAAAUGGUUCAUGGAGAUCGUAACCGUGAAUCUAGCUUUGAAGAAAGAUAUUCAUCAAGAGAUACGAGUUUUGAUAUAUCACGCUACCAGUCGACAAGCUACGAAGAUCAAACUUCUAGUUUUGAAAUUGUAGAUAUUGAUGGCAAGGUUAUUGACGAAAAGAAAUCCAGUAAUGACCUGCGUAAAUCAUCAAUUGAGUUGGUUGAUGCUGAUACAUUCCAACGCACUGGUUCUUCCGGUCGCAAAUCUUCUCUUGAAACUCAUUUUGACUAUGUUCCUUCAGACCAUACUCCAGUUCGAUCCCCACACUUUCCCAUGACUAAGAAGCAUAGAAUAGAUUACUCACGGUCAAGGGAACUUCAUGUGUCCCCAAUAGGAGGGUUUUCUAGAGCUCGUAGCCCACUUUCCAAUCAAACAUCAUCCAACUAUAGCUCACGUGAUAGCUAUGAUUCUAGUUCUUCUUAUCCCCAUCCUCAUGAUUCACGAUCUCCAUAUGCGGAUCCCUCUAAGCAACACUUCCCAUUGACAAUCAAAGCAACAAAAGAAGAAGAAAACAGAACAUUUCUUUGCACAGAUAAGCGUUGUGCUUCAAUUUUCGAGCCAAGGCCUUCGACAAUUGUGACAGCUCCUAGCCCUAUAACGGCAGUUCCAGCAAGUAAUUCUAUUGGGUGUGGAGGGUUUUCGAGUGGCAGUGAAUUUGAGCCGCCUUCACCGAGACGAGCUGCCAGUGCAUCUCCCAAGCAUACUUUCACAUUUAGAAUAGUCCUUAAAAAGGUUGAUAGUUCACCCGAUGCUAUUUGUCCUGAAAAAGGAAGAGGAAGGACUUUAGAUAGGUACAGAAAGCCCGAAAGUCGUAGAAAACGUCUUUCUGAUGCAGGAAAGAGCUUUUAAAAAGCGGCUUUCUAGAGCAUAAAUAGGAUAAACAGGUUUCUCCAAUAUUUUUACAUGUAUAUUUGUUGUGUGCAUGUAUCAGUGUGUCUUUUUCCAGGUAUCUAGAUAUUUGAAAAUGUUUUAAAUUCUAAAUGUACAGUUUUAGCUGUGUAAAUCAUGUUGUUAUUUAUUAAAAGCUAUCCGGUUUUUCGGAAUAGUUAAUGUUCCAACAGAAAUAUUUCUUUAUUAUCUAUGUAAAUUUAAGAACGCUCUCAUUUUAGGGAGCCGUAUAGCUAUUUAGAUUUUAAUACGAAAUUAUAUUAAUAUUUAAAGUUUAUUGAUUUAAAAAAAGAUUAAUCGGAAAUGUUCUAAAGGACUUCAUUCAUUGUAAAGAGAGAAUUAUUUCUUAAAUACAGGGGGAAACAACCAUUUUUUAAUUGAUAUGAUUUACCUUCUACAGGAGUAAGUUGUUGGAUGCAUCAAGUGAGCUUAGAUAAGAAAUCAUAACAAAAACACUCGGAUGGUUUAAAAAAAAAAACAUAUAUGAUUGUUAAACUAAGACUUUCGAUUUUAUAUGUAUAACAAACAAUAAAUAAUUGAUUUUGCAGAACUGUUUAGCCGGUAUUCUCCAAGCGCUCAUCAAAGUGUUUUAUUUUCCAGAGUUAUCGAUUGUUAAAAAAAGACUGGAUGAUACCACUUAGGUAAAAGUUAUAUUAAUAGUAGGUAUGAUGAAUUGUGUGAACUUUGAAAAGGCUGACGAGCCUCUUAAAUUAUGAGCGUUCCACAAGAGCUCAUAAUUUGUAUAAUAGCCCAAGGUGCGUUACAAAUAUAUUUCAAAACAUACAUAGGUACAUAGUUUAGUGUUCAAAAUUCACCUGAAUAAUUUUAGAAAGAAUUUAUAAAAAUUCGUAUAUUGAAAAAAAACUCAACUCGCACACUGUUAUUAAUUAUGUAUGAAUAGGUCUAUCGAUAUUAACUUGCUGGUCCAAUUGAAUUUUUUUUAAUGGACCUAUUAAGAUUUAUUUAUAAAGCCAAAUUUGCACUGACUGACCACUUAUAAUUAAAAUUAAAUUGGUCAUUAAGCUAUAAUUUAUGUAUGACAUAAUGACAACAAUAAGAUGUUAAACCCAUUCUUCAACGCUUUGACUGGACGAUAUGUUUGAGGUAAAUAAUUUGAUAAAACAUUGUAUACGCACAAUUGCACGGAGAAAAAGACCACUUAAAAUUGAGCGGAUUUCUGCAUGGUGUUUCUACCAAGAUGACUUCCGUCUUAAAUUAAGGAAAUCCAUUAGUUUUAAAAUGAAAAUCUUCUUAUUAACAUACAAAUAAGAAGAUUUUCGUCUUAAAUUUAGUGGAUUUCCGCUUAAUUGAAGACGGAAGUCAUCUUGUUAAAAAAACUAUGCAGAAAUCCGCUAACUUUCAGUGGUCUUUUUCUCUAUGUGCUUUCACGUAACCGUCCAAUUGAUUGUUCCCUUAUAAAUCUCUAGGAAUGUGCACAGGUUGAACUCAAUUUUUAUGAGAAUUACUUUUAAAUUUAAUUUAAAAAAGAAAACUUCAAUUCGAAAGUGAUACCUUAGCUAGUUGAUUUUAUACAUUCAUAAAAACUAGCAAUGAUAUUCCAAACUACAAAAUGUAUUCCCACUUUAAAUUCCAUGUUACUUUUCUUAUACAACAUUUUAAAAUUAUACCUAAAUAUUUAAAAUAUUCAAGGAUUAACUUUCAAAUAAAUAUUAUUAUUAUUUUCUGUGGCAACCUAAUGCAUUUGACAAAGAGACUUACUUCAAGAAAAAAAAAUGUAUUUGAGAAAUAAUAAUCAAUAGAAAUGGUCAAAAAUUAAAAAAAAAUAAUAGUAAUAAUAAUAAGGAAAACUAUAUAACGUACCCAUGAAUUUAAUUUCUUUGCAAACAAAAAGGUAAGAAU